AUGUUACUUAAAUUUAUUUUGCUUUUUACAAUUGUAAUUAUAACUAUUCAAGGAAGAAUUCAUACAACAAGAAUUGAAAAAGAUGCAGGUCUUUGGACAAGAUUAUACAAAGAAUAUACAGAUCUACUACCAUAUUCAAUAGUUCGUGGACAAAUGACAAUAAAAUGUGAGAUUAUGUUGGAAUGUUGUCGUGGAGAACGUGAUCGUUUUUUUGAUCUUAUUCAUGAAUAUAAAUUUGAAGAAAUAUGUAUUGGUCAUCCAACUUCAACAGUAUAUGAUUCACAUUCCAAAAAAUGUCUUCGUUUAAUUGAAGAAUUACAUGAUAUAGAAAAAAGUUCCGAAUAUAUUAAAUUUUCUAAAAUUAUUGCUGAUAAUCCAAAACGAGAAGAACGAUUUCAAAAAUGGCGAUCACAAAUGGCAAAAGUAUGUUCAACUUAUGAACGUGAAGCAUAUUAUUGUGAAACGAAGAAUACAAUUCAAUUUAAUUUAUGUCAACGGAAAGUUUUACGUUCAAUUGCUGAUGAAAAUGAUGAAGAAUUUUAUAAUAAUUAUGUUCGUGAAAUGGAAAGUGAUUAUCGUACUUAUAUCCAACAAUUUUCAGAAGCUUUUCAUCAUCUUUAA